UGUCAUCCUAUUCUAUCAUUUUUCAUUUGUGUAAAACUAAAACCCAUCAUCCAUCAGCUUUUACUGUUUCCAAGGUUGUGUUCUCUGUUCUGAUCGUAAAACCAUCUUCACCGGCCAAAAUCAGAGUCUCCGAUCAUCCCCGGAGAAUGAAACGCCAGCUUGAAGAUUACGACGAUGAUAUAUUCAACGAAUUAGACCUCCUCAGAAUGCGAAAAUUCGACCCCAACCCUAAUUCCGCUUCCGACACCGACCACUUUCUCGAUCAAAUCGAAGCUUCUACUUCCGGUUCAUUACAGCACUCAUCGGAUCCUGAUCGUAUCCAUUUCUUCGUUCGAAUGAUUUCCAAUGGCAAAACCCUAGUUCUCCAUGGAAAACCUGAAGAUAAAGUGGAAGUGAUUCUUGAGAAAAUUCAAUCAGUCACCGGAAUUCCGAUGAUCGAGCAGCGAUUGAUUUACCAAGGACGGCAGCUGCAGUCGGAGUAUAGUUUAGCUGAGUGUAUGAUCAAAAAUGAUGCCGGGUUGCAUUUGGUUGGUCGAAUGCGGAGCACUGAGCAUCCUCAGGUUUGGCAAUUGGUUGAUACUUUGGUUUCUACGAUUUAUCGAUUGUUGAAAGGUGAAACAGAGUUUAUUUGCAAGCCAGUCGAAGCGGUGUUGAUAGUGUAUUUGGAUAUGACGGCGAAAAGGGAGAUUCGGGUGAAUACUUUGGCGUCUCAUUUGAACAUAUUUCAAUCUCUAUGUGCUCCGUCGGCUCUGGUAAUGCUUUAUUUGUCGCCGUGUAAAAGUAACAAAGAGCUUGCUGAAAAAUCGAUUAGAAUGUUUAUAUCGGCUUGUAAAACAGGGUUGCAAAGACCUUUGUAUUCACUGUGUGCGCCUGUAGCGUUAGAGUUUUGUAAUUUGCUAAGUAGGUCUGUUGCUCAAGAUGAUCCUUUGUAUAGUUUAUGCCGAAGUAGUUUAGGAUCAAUGGUGGAGGACGUGAGGAUCGGAAGAAGUGCGAGAAAUCAUGAUUGUUUUCAUAAUAGGAUGUGUAUGAUUUCGUUUAAGGAUGUUUUUCCGUUUGUUUCUGAGCUUGCGAAUAAGCUGGCAGAGGGUUUGGAUAUAGAUCUUUUACCAAGUGAAGUACGCGAUUUUGCUGCGUUCUUGAGGCCUAUAAAGGCCGCGAUCAAGGAUCUUCCGGAUUUCGAGGGGGGCAUACAACUUCCGAUGAUGCAAACCCUUUCUUGUUAUGAUGAUGAAGUAAAAGAUUUGUCUUUGAUCUUAUUUCAAUUGUUGGAGAAAAUGAGAAGAUGUCUUGAAAAGGUUAAAGGUGAGAUGGAAAUGAAGGAAAAAGAAGAUGGUGAUUGGGAUCAAUACCUAGCUAUCUUGAAAGAAACGCACGGGAUUGCUAAGCUUUAUCAAGGUGGAGAAGAUAUUUUUUGGUCGAAUAUGAAGGUAGUCGAUGUUUCGUUGCGCUAUUUGAUUGUUACGUAUGCUAAGAGAGGUGAGGAUUAUAAAUGGGUUAUCGGGCACAAGGAACUUUUGGACUUUGAAUCUAGGAGGCAUUUGGUAAUGUUGAUGCUCCCUGAGACGAAGAGUGACGACGAGGAGCUUCAUGAGAUGCUUAUUGAUAGAUCCCAAUUGUUGUCUGAAUCUUUUAAUUAUAUUUCAAAGGCAAAACCGGAAAAUCUUCGUGGUGGCUUGUUUAUGGAGUUCAAUAAUGAGGAAGCUACAGGUCCUGGUGUAUUACGUGAAUGGUUCUUCUUGGUGUGUCAAGAAAUCUUUAAUCCUCAGAAUGCUUUAUUUAUCGCCUGCCCAAAUGACCGGAGAAGAUUUUUUCCUAAUCCAGCAUCAAAAGUGGACCCAUUGCAUCUCAAAUAUUUCAAGUUUGCAGGCAGGGUAACCGCCUUAGCAUUGAUGCAUAAAAUCCAAGUCGGCAUCAUGUUUGACCGUACAUUUUUCUUGCAACUAGCCGGAAUUGAUAUAUCUUUGGAAGAUAUAAAAGACGCAGAUCCGUAUUUCUAUAGUAGUUGCAAACAAAUAUUGGACAUGGAUCCGUUUAUAGUAGAUCAAGACGCCCUUGGUCUGACAUUUGUACAUGAAAUCGAAGAAUUAGGAUCCAUGAAGGUCGUGGAGCUUUUCACUGACGGAAAAAAUAUUGCAGUGAAUAGUAGAAACAGAAAAGAGUAUGUUGAACUUCUUAUUCAACAUCGUUUCGUGACAUCGGUUUCUAAACAGGUGGCCAAAUUUGCUAAAGGAUUUGCCGAUAUAGUUGGUGACGAAAAGAUACAAAAGCUAGUUUUUAUGACCUUAGAGUUUGAGGAUCAUGAUGGCUUGUUGCAUGGGAGUGAAAAUAUCAUUUCGGUAGAUGAUUGGAAGGCACAUACUGAGUAUAAUGGGUAUACGGAAACUGAUCCUCAGAUAUAUUGGUUCUGGGAGAUUGUCGGGGAAAUGACGGCUGAGCAACGAAAGGUUCUUCUUUUCUUCUGGACCUCCCUGAAGCAUUUACCCGUAGAGGGUUUUAGCGGCUUAGCUUCAAAGCUUUACAUUUACAAAUCAAACGAUUCAAUAGACCUUCUACCUUCUUCUCACACAUGCUUCUACAGAAUAUGCUUUCCGUCUUACCCGUCACUGGAGGUGAUGCGACAACGACUGAACAUCAUUACUCAAGAUCAUGUUGGAUGCGGCUUUGGAACAUGGUGAUCGAAGAAAAUAUAAUUUUUUUUUUUUUGACGAGGCAUCCAUUGAACAUGCCAAAAGAAGUAUGUACUUAACUUGUGCAGGGGAUAAGGUGGGCUUAACUUUUUUUUUUUCUUGUUCUUUUUUAGACCAGGUAAGAAUGCGUGAAUACUCAUUUUGUGUUUUUUUAGUUGGUUAUUGUUCUUCUUAUGACUUGGAUGGUGCAGUUAUAAGUAGGUACAUAAAUAUAUAUCUAUGUAUAAUGAAUAAAAUGGAAAUUCAUUA